GAGAGAGCCAAGUGGCGCCUGGUAGAAUCUGGUAGAGUCCGCGUACCAUAUUUAUCUCGUUUCCAGAGUGGUGUGCAAUAACGCGAGGGGCAAGAAAGAGAGAUAUCGGUGCUCCGCGUUUGUUCCCCUCCCGAGUAAUUUGUUUAUUAAAACGAGCAGGAGAAAGCUGCGAGAAGAGAGGACGAAAUAAUGCAAGGUGUCAGCAUGGCCGAGCGACUCGGUUUGGGGCCUGAGGUCCGCGAGCUCAAGCUGGGUCCCAGCUUCACGAGCAACAGCUCCAAGUUUCACACCUUGAAAUAUGAUUUCAAACCUGCGAGCGUCGACGACUCCAAGGUAGCCAGAGUCGACGUGGGCUCGGAUAACACGAUAACGGUCACUGUGCCACAUCUGGAUGGCGCUGGCACCCCUCACACUGUGUUCAAGGGCUCGCAGAGGCCCUACAACAAGGAGUACGUCCUGAUCUUCGACAAAGUUACCGGGGAGAUUACAUUGGAGAAACUAGCCGCGAACAUCCAGGUUAAGAAGACGCGAGCGGAGCCGAAACGCAAUAGCAAUAACAAUUCCAUGCCCGUUGAGGUUAAAAGGAGCCCCACGUAUGGCAGGGCGAAUGGAAGGACCAAAGUUAUUAGUGGAAAAAAGAGGGAACCUUCGCUGCAGCUGCAUCCUAAACAACAGAGCCCUCAACGGACAUCGCCGUACGAUAAAACAAGUCCACCGACUAUAAUUGUCAAUAGCCCUUCGCCUGUGCAAUCGUCGAGUGGACAACCGACCUUGGCCAGUCUGCCAAUGAUCGGAUCCGACAAUGAUGACUUCGCGCUGUCAGCAGCAAUGAUGCCUGGAUCUUCCUCUCAGACUGUAGCUUCUCUAUCAAUUCCAAUACCAAAUACAAAAUCGACUACCUUGGAGAGCGAUUCUAGUUCAAGCAGUUCGAGUUCUGAUAGUUCAAGCAGCGAUUACGAAACGGAAAACGUUUCAGUGCCAACAGCAAUUAAUGGUAAUUUAAAUGGCACAACUGCCUCACCCACAUUGUUCAUGUCGGACAAUCUCUUAAAUGAUGAUCUGCAGUUAUCUGAAUCGGAGUCAGAUAGCGAUUAACGGUGAUAUGCUGAUAGAACUGAGAAGAAAUGUUCCAAGGAAGCCGACUGUAUAAUUUUUGUUCUGCGGUAUCUCUUUGUUAACAUAUCGACGAUUUUAUAGAUUACGAUAAUUCAUCGGAUUUCUUAAAAUUUUUAUACAUACAUCGCCAUCGUAAUGCAAUUGUAAUAGGUGCAAUUAUUUUUUUACAAUUCUGAAGAAUAAAAUCCCUAGAUUUAA